AGUUUUGCGCUUGUUGUUGGUGCGUCAUCAGUCUGCGUGUAACCGAAGAAUAGAGCAAAUAUCUCGCACUGUUCGCUUGAUUAUCAGUAAACCGAGGCUUUUAUUAAAGCAUCAGCAUGUGUGAGGGCCCGUCAGCCAUCUCUGGCCCCAUUCCUCCAGAUCCCACACUGUUUCCUGAAUAUUACAGACGCCCAUCUUCUGCUCGUGGUCGGCUGGAGGGAAACGCUCCGAACGGCUCGUCUCCUCUUCUGAAGGGUCCGUUAGCACCAGAUCCCGCUCUUCAUCCUGGAUGUUACAGUGCCCGAUCCAGCCCUCGACCCCGCAUCGGUGCUAACGCUGCCCAUAUCCUGGAGAGAGGACAGAGGGGGGUUGUGGGAAACCUGCUGAGACUGGACGGAGUGGCACUGAGCCCCAGUCCAGCCAAACCCAAACCUGCCAUACGAGACUUUGGUAAAGAAAACGUCCGCAAGCUUCGAGAGGUCCAGAGGCGUUUUCGAGAGCUGGAGGCGCAGCGAGAACACGCCAAACCUGUGCCAGUCAAAGCACUCUGGAUCUCCCCGAAAUACCAAGACGUGCCCUCCAGAGUCAUGGCCCAGUUACAGGAAACAAGCCCCUUAAAGAAGCCUGAAUAUCAGAACUUCCUGAAGGCUCAUUCAGUGUGUGGAGCCGGGGGUCGACCGGUGCUGCGGCGCUCAGACAGUGGACCGACCGCUGCUGGAGACUCAGACUCUGAGAUGCAUGUGAGAGGACACACAGUGGACUUUGUGAGUCAUAACGCUCGAGCUGCGGCGAAGACCAGCAUGAGGAGAUCUCAGUCCUUACAGAACCUGCAGGACAAAACACCAGCCUGCGCCGUCAAGGGCAAAGUGCCGCCAUAUCUGGAGCAGAGGAAGGCACAGUGGAGGAAGGAGGAGGAGGAGAAGAAGAGAAACACUCCUGACCCGUCUGUUCCUGCAGGACACACACAGAUGUCUGAGAGAGAGAGACAGGAGACGCUGCACUCCCUCAAAGAGACUCACAGGUCUCUGGUCAGUGAACUGCUGUCUCUCCCAGUGAAAGCGGACACUCUGAGCAUUCGUUCUAGACGGGCUGAUCUGGACCAGCGUCUCUCUGAGGUGGAGGAGGCCAUCAAGAUCUUCUCACGGGACAAAGUCUAUGUGAAAGUGGACUCUUAAACUGCUCUGAGAUCAGACCGUUUCUACUGCGCUUAUAUGAGUUUCAUGAGUUCCCUGCAUUUCAGUGCUGGAUGCUUUAGUUGAUUUAUUUCUUACUAAUGAUAUUCUGUAUUUAUGCGUGCUUUGGUAAAUCAUCAUUGUUAAAAGUUCCAGUUAGGAUGUGAAAAGUAGUGCUGGCCAAAAAUGAAUCACGAUUAAUAGCACCUAAAAUAAAAGUUUGUUUUGACAUCAUUUAAGUGGGUGUACUGUUUAUAUUUAUUACGUAUAUAUAAAUACACACAUGCAUGAAUAUAUUUGAAAAAAGUUUAUGCAUAUAUAGAUAUAAAAUAAAUAUGUCUAUGAUACUAUUUAUAUAUACAUUAAUAUAUCAAUGUAGCAAAGCUGUUUUGUAUAGUUUUGUUAUUAAUAUUAUUUAUCUUGAAUGUGAUUAAUCGCAAUUAAUCUUUGACCAGCACUAUUAAAUGUCGAAAAUUAUGACAUGUGAAAACUAUGAAUAUUAAAAUUCUAAAUUAUGAGACAAAAAUUGACAUUUGGAUGUUAAUUAGAUGCUAAAUGAAAGAUUAAAAAUAAGAAUAAAAUCCUAAAUUAAAGUUAUAAUGACAUAAAUAAUUAAGAUUAUUAGA